CAGUUGGCCAGUACAACUUUGCCAGUGAUAUAGUGAAGACGCAGAGGUUGGCUGCCUCGAAACAGAGAGAGAGAGAGAGAGAGGUAGACACAAGAUUUCUUCAAGGAGAGGUGUGACCGUCAUGUAUUGGCAGCUGAUAAGUUGUCUGAUAUUGUGCAGCGUGUUUUGCGUGGUGUCAGAAACGCUCGGGCCGAAUCGAUUGACUUGUGGCAAGCGUAAGGUGAAGACCAUUCAUCUGAUUCACAAUGGAAUCGAUGCAAAGCCCGGUCACUGGCCGUGGCAUGCGGCCAUCUUUCAUCGGGAGCGUGGUAAACUGCAGUACGCCUGCGGUGGAUCAAUCAUCGAUGAGGAAACCAUCCUUACCGCGGCUCACUGCGUCUUCCUUGACAGUGGACUAAUCGCCGAGAGUCGGAUUGCGGUGCAUGUGGGCGCUAUUCAUCUGAACGAGGAGAGUGAAUUCGUGCAGCAACACACCGUGGAUGAAGUGAUAGCCCAUCCAGGAUAUAAUGCGAGCAGAUUCAUGAACGAUAUCGCACUGUUGAAGCUGACGAACAAUAUCACGAUGACGGAGUUCGUACAGCCCGUUUGUCUGUGGACGAUGGACAGCGAUCAGGAGGAGAUUGUGGGGAAGAAUGGUACGCUGGUCGGGUUCGGGCUGAACGAGAAAGAUGUAGUGUCGCAGGUGUUAAAACAGGCCCCGAUCGGUGUGGUGGACGCGCUGACAUGCAUCAAAAGUGAUCGCGUAUCGUACGCUAAUCAACUGACGUCGGAGAUGUUUUGCGGUGGAGGACAGCGGGGAGUUAGCGCGUGCAAUGGUGACAGUGGCGGUGGCUUAUUCUUCAACGUGCAAGGCAAAUGGUUUGUGCGGGGCGUCGUAUCGUUUAUUCCUUUUCGACCGAGAACCCAUCUUUGCGAUCCCUCCAAGUUUACCGCCUUUACCGAUGUGGCCAAGUAUAUGGGAUGGAUCGAGCUGUACGUUAACGCGCGUGUGCUAUUGAUUGACACCAACGAGCUGGAGGUGGAUUACGAGGAGAAGCUGCCUUUGUUUAACCUAAACACGUGUGGUACAACAACAUCGGACACGGUUGAUGCGAAUGGCAAACCGACACCCCUACCAUGGCUUGGCAUAGCAGGAAAGAAUUCGCGAGAUGUUAAGUGUGUCGUCACGCUCGUAAGCGAAUGGUAUGCCGUAGGUCCUGCAAGCUGCUUUCAAGAUGGUGGUAAAGAGAUGCUGAUACGGUUUGGAGGACGGCAAGAGAUAGGAGAACAGAAAUGCUUCGAACGUGCUGGCACGACGGUGUGCACUCAUCCAACACAGUUGCGGAAUGUUCAGCAAAUAAUAGUCCAUCCGCGAUUUACCGAAAAUGCUAUUUACAACGAUAUAGCACUGAUUGAGCUUCAAACCCCAGCAGACAUCACACAGCCAAAUGUGAAGCCCAUCUGUCUUCCGGUAACGCCGGCCCUGUACACCAACCUGACGACCAACCUGUCGGUGAUGUCUUACUCGCUGGCAGAGGAUGUUUACCGAGACCAGAUCGUGAACGAUGAGGAUGUGAGUGAAUGUGCCAGCGCAUACAAACGAGCAGGCCUGCCCGUGGAAGAGAAAAGCCUGUGUGUGACGGUUCCGGAGGAAGAUCUUCCCAAAUGCAACUCCAUAGGUAAAGGUGCACCUCUUUACGAGCGAGCAGGGGUCGAUGGUGGCGAGCGGUACAUAUUGCGAGGGCUAGACAUACUUGGCAUAACGUGCACGGGGACAGUCAGUAUCGUGAACGCCUAUCUGGAUCUGUACGCUUACCUGGACUGGAUGCUGUACAACAUGAAGCACAAUGUGGUACGCACUGCCGAGGCGGAAGCUGCCAACACCAGCUUAGCAGAGUGGAUCGAGCUGCAGCAGAAACCAGGCAACGAAAAGCUCAGGCUGUUCGAUAUGCACACCUGUGGAGAGAAUGUGAAGACUGGUGAAACGAGCGCUAUCAUUCCCUGGCUAGGUACGCUUAAAUCGAUCGAGAACUCAACGAAUCUGCUAGAGUCCCCGGGUCAGUCGAUAGUUAAAGCUCAUGAAACAGCAAGCUUAGUAGUGCUGAUAAGCGAUCGAUAUGCAUUGGCUCCGGCUCACGUGUUUAGUGAGCCGACCUCUUGGCGAUCCAUUAUCCUUGGGCUGACGCGAUUCAAUCCGCUGCAACAAAUCGAAUGUAUGUUUCAAGCGUGUGAUGCUCCUUACCAGGAGGUCCAGAUCAGAAACAUUACCAUCCAUCCUGAGUACAACUCACGUUUACACGUAAAUAACCUCGCACUGAUCGAGCUGCUCGAGCCAGCCAACACCACGAAACCGUACAUCCGUCCAAUCUGCUUGCCGUUGACGGAGAAGUUUCGAAACAGCACGCCAUUAGAGUUGCUGCUACCAACCUAUAUCUAUGUCGAGCAGAGCACCAAACUGUCACCGCUGGAUCGGCUCAACUGUGAGGAACGAUUCGCACAGGAGGGCUAUCUUGUAUCGGUGACAGAUCGGGCACGCUGUGCCGUUCUGGAAAAAGACUACGGGGAAGCGGCAGCGGUGAAAUCUGGUGUUCCACUGCAAACCUUGGUGCAGGUUGGCGAGCAGCAGCGCUACUUCCUCAGUGGAAUCAACAGUUUGAAGGAUCUCGUCAACUACCAUAAUCCGUUUUAUCCGUACCUGUUUACGGACGUUAAUCAGUACCUCGAUUGGAUUCUGGAAAACAUGAAGCUCAACGAUAGCGAAACUCCAUCGAUCGAUGCAUCACCAUCGCAGCCGGUUCAGGUGAAUCCGAUGCCAAUACGUAGCACAUCGAGAAGAAGACUUUUCAACUUUAAAACCUGCGGCCUGUACUCGAAAGGUACAUCGCGGAGUGCAAUCUAUGAAGCGGAACCGUGGUCAGGAUUUGUGUUUGCGUGGGACCCAACGUACAACAGUACUUCGUUCACAAGAUGCACUGCGGUGUUGAUUAGCGAAUGGUACGCCGUUGGUGUGGCGAGCUGUUUAGAUCCUGGAAAGAAGUUGUUCGUACAGUUUGGUGGAUAUAUUGAGGCAACCGGAAAGGAUUGUUACGAGCACGAUGGAACGACUAUUUGCAGACCUAAAACGUACCAGGUCCCGGUAGAGAAGAUCAUCAUUCAUCCGAGCUAUAGCAGACCAAGUUACGCAAACGACAUCGUUUUGAUACAACUUGCAACACCGGCCGACAUUUCGCAAGCGCACGUAAAACCCAUCUGCUUGCCAGUACUGGACACGGUUCGCAGCUACAACGUAUCCAGUAUGAACACAGUAGCUUUCGGUAAUUCGCUUGGAUCGUUCGUUUUCAACAAGGUGGAUAGCAGAUACAUCAACUCGACCGAAUGCCAGCGACGAUGGGAUGGAAUGGCGUUGAAGUUUCAGAUCCAGAAUACCAAGCAUUGCGUCGUAAAUCGGCGCGAUCCUGGCGAAAGAUGCACGGGAGAUAUAUUUGCUGUGCCAGGGUUUGCACUGCACUCGACACAGGACCUGCUGGGGACAACGCGUUACUUUCUUCGCGGUUUGCUGGUUGUUGAGCCGAACCUUUGCAGUACGUACUAUCCGGCGAUCUAUACUGAUGUCGACGUUUACUUGGAUUGGCUGCUGGAGAACAUGGAUGAGCGAUUAAACACCUUAACACGAACGUACAACUUGAUGGAGAAGCUACUGUUCAUUUGAAUACCAUUGGAAGCUGUAGGUCACUGCAUACUACCAGGAGAUGGGAAAUGAAAAGUUUAUUUGAACUAUCCGGAAAAUGCAUUUUUGUUAUAUGUAAGCGCAGCUCAACUACAACAAAGCUGAGCUGGAAAGCAGUGUCAAGUACAAAUGUUUGACGAAAAA